CUCGGUUUCCUGCCUGAACCUGGCGGAGAGUGAGUGAGCGGGUCUCACGUGUGAGCGGCUCGCGGGUUCGGGUUCGGGUUUCCGGUGUCUUUUCUCCGACUCUAGGAUCAAACCGGGAAAAGUGACGUGAGGUGUUCGGUUGUUGUGGAUUCCCGCGGCUCCUCUGAUGUUAAAAUAAAUCUUCCUUCACGACACUUUUCCUCUGCGGAUUUUUAAAGUCACGUUUUCUACUUUUCCUCCAACACCUGACGGAGCUCGUGUUUCCAUGUUUCCCUCGCGCCUGGAUUUAAAACUCUACCUGCUGUGUCACGGAUCCGGAUCUCGGAGCUUCAUCUCCGAGGACUGAGUCAGUUUCACUCGCCGCUCUCAGGUUAGUGUGGUUCCUGGUGUCAUCUUGUUUCCUGGGGGAAGUUUAAUGUGGAGGAACUGGAACCUUGUUUUCUUUAUCGUCUAAAAUCACAUUUUCCUUCAACAAAGAGCUGACGCUCUGCAGACUGGAUUUCAAGGACUACAGCAUGAGGCAUCCUGGGAAACCUUGAUGUGCCGCAGAAGAAUCUAGGAAACCAAGAGAACUGUUACAGACCCCACAGGGCCCCCCCCCCCCCCCCCCGAGAUACUUUCCAGACCAACAGAACCUGGAACCGCUGGAUGAAAACUAGAGGAACCCCGAGAACACAUCCUAGAGGGACUGGCAGCACCCUGAUGUAUGAACCUUAUAUGAUCUAGAAAUCCCAAAGACUCAGACUUGGUACUGUUCUGAAGUGCCCAAAUGAACCCUGGGAACCCACAAGACCUGAAGAAAAUCUGGGAGACCUUGAGGAUCCCAAGAGUUUAGUACUUUCAGGAACUCCUCAGACUAAGAGGAAAUCUGGGGACAACAGAGGAACCCUGAAAAAUCUAGAAGAACCCUGAGACCUCCUCAGGACCCGCCCACAGGAACCAUGGGCACCCUGCGGGACCUGCAGUACGCCCUUCAGGAGAAGAUCGAGGAGCUGCGGCAGCGAGACGCCCUGAUUGACGAGCUGGAGCUGGAGCUGGAUCAGAAGGACGAGCUGAUCCAGCGGCUGCAGAACGAGCUGGACAAGUACCGGUCCGUGAUCCGGCCGGCCACCGCCCAGCAGGUCCAGGCCCAGCAACAGAACCUCGUCCUACAGCCGGACCAGCACCGCAGCAAGAGGCAGGCCAUCUCCGCAGAGCCGACCGCCUGCGAUAUCAGCGCCCUCAGCCACGUCACGCUGCCCUUCUACCCCAAGAGCCCAGAGUCGAAGGCGCUGAUCAAGGACGCCAUCUUGGACAAUGACUUCAUGAAGAACCUGGAGCUGUCUCAGAUCCAGGAGAUCGUGGACUGCAUGUACCCGGUGGAUUAUGGGAAAGACUCCUGCAUCAUCAAAGAGGGCGACGUGGGCUCUCUGGUGUUCGUGAUGGAAGAGGGGAAGGUGGAGGUGACUAAAGAGGAGAUGAAGUUGUGUACAAUGGGACCGGGCAAAGUGUUCGGAGAGCUGGCCAUCCUCUACAACUGCACCAGGACGGCUACUGUCAGGACUCUGACCCAUGUGAAGCUGUGGGCCAUCGACCGUCAGUGUUUCCAGACCAUCAUGAUGAGAACCGGGCUCAUCAAACACGCCGAGUACAUGGACUUCCUCAAGAGUGUUCCCACCUUCCAGGGUCUUCCAGAGGAAACUCUCAGUAAACUGGCCGACGUCAUGGAAGAGACUCACUAUGAAGACGGAGAGUUCAUCAUCAGACAGGGAGCCAGAGGCGACACCUUCUUCAUCAUCAGCAAGGGAAAGGUGAACGUGACCCAGGAGGACUCAGCCAAUCAGGAGCCGGUACAUCUCAGAGAGCUCGCCAGGGGAGACUGGUUUGGAGAGAGAGCGCUGCAGGGGGAGGACGUCAGAACAGCCAACGUCAUAGCUGCUGAGACCGUCACCUGCCUGGUCAUUGACCGAGACUCUUUCAAGCAUCUGAUCGGUGGAUUGGACGACGUCUCAAAUAAAGGUUACGAGGACGCUGAAGCCAAAGCCAAGUACGAGGCAGAGAAUGCCUUCUUCUCCGGCCUGAAGUUGAACGACUUCAACAUCAUUGACACGCUGGGAGUCGGCGGCUUCGGACGCGUCGAGCUGGUGCAGCUGAAGAGCGAGGAGGCAAAGACAUUCGCCAUGAAGAUCCUGAAGAAACGCCACAUCGUGGACACGAGGCAGCAGGAACACAUCCGCUCCGAGAAACACAUCAUGACGGAGGCGCACUCCGACUUCAUCGUCAGGUUGUACCGGACGUUUAAAGACAGUAAAUAUCUGUACAUGCUGAUGGAGGCCUGUCUGGGCGGAGAGCUGUGGACCAUCCUGAGAGACAGGGGUUCGUUUGAAGAUUCCACCACCAGGUUCUACACCGCCUGCGUGGUCGAAGCCUUCGCCUACCUGCACGCCAAAGGCAUCAUAUACAGAGACCUGAAGCCUGAGAACCUCAUAUUGGACAGCCGAGGAUACGCCAAGCUGGUGGACUUUGGUUUCGCCAAGAAGAUCGGUUUCUGUAAGAAGACGUGGACGUUCUGUGGGACGCCGGAGUACGUCGCUCCAGAGAUCAUCCUCAACAAAGGUCAUGACGUCUCAGCAGACUACUGGUCUCUGGGCAUCCUGAUGUAUGAGCUGCUGACCGGCAGUCCUCCGUUCUCAGGUCCUGAUCCAAUGAAAACCUACAACAUCAUUCUGAGAGGCAUCGACAUGAUCGAGUUCCCAAAGAAGAUCACCAAGAACGCCGGCAACCUCAUCAAGAAGCUCUGCAGAGAUAAUCCUUCAGAGAGACUUGGAAACCUGAAGAACGGGGUCAAAGACAUCCAGAAGCACAAGUGGUUUGAAGGUUUUAACUGGGAGGGUCUGAGGAAAGGAACUCUGACUCCGCCCAUCGUACCUGACGUUUCCUCUCCAACUGACACCAGCAACUUCGACAGUUUUCCUGAAGACACAGACGAACCGCCGCCAGAUGACAACACUGGAUGGGACUAUGACUUUUAAAGUCCCACCCACCAGCUCACACUCAAACACAAAGCCUGAGACAAAGACGAAGAAGAAGAAGACUUCUCCCCAGGCUGAAUGAACACAAGCUACAUGUGCCACAUGGUGGAUGUUAUGAAGCAUGGCUGAACCCAGUGGGAAUCAAAACCCUGAUAAAAGGGAAAGUACGGGAGGCCUCUGGCGUGACCUUCCAAAACACCUGAGAGAUGGAUGUUGAAGUGGUUCAAGAAUCAAACUAACCACCUGUUCAUGUGGACAGUUUGUCCCUGUUUCCAAGACCAGGGACACAUUUUUUAACAAGCCUCUUAAAGCAGAAAAUAGGAAAUAGUUGCUCUUGCCUGGUCUAAAGGGAAAGUCAUCCUAGUUCCUCCAGAUUUUAGAGAGCUGUCAAAACUCCAGAACAGUGUUGCUCCAUCCACAAAAAUGUACCAACAAUCCAGAAAAGACGUUUUUGCAAAGCUUGGAUUGUUUCCUUGAACGCAGAACAACCCGGAUUCCUUGUUUGGCUGUGGCUGAACUUUGGGUAUGUUCAUCCAUCAGCAGUAAAAGACACAGUGUGGGUCUCACUUUAUGUCCCAUAUAUUGCUGCAAAAGAAAGCAGGUAAAAACUCAAAUCCACAGAAAUAAGCCAACAGUGCAUCACAAGAUGUUUUUGCAAAGACUGGCAAUGACUCAGAAAUAAGAACCCAGAACAACACAGAUUCCUUGAUUCACUGCAUUUGAACUCACACAUUAUAGGCCUUGCUUAAUGUCCCAUACAAUGCUGCAACACUCAGAGGAAGCUGGGAUGUUCAUCAGUUCAUCAGUUAGCCAGAAAUAUGAAACUUAAAUCCAUCAGUGAAGCUACCUGAGGCUGAAGCUGGAACGUCCUGAGAUGUCCAGUGAAAUCACGUUGUCACAAAGUGCUUCCCAGAGCAAUGAGGAAAGCCCCAGACCCUCAUGGGCCCCAAAGACCUCAAAGAUCCCAGAUUGUCUUUAAUGCACCAUUAAAGGCCCUGUCUUAUUGAACGGACCUUUAUCAAGAUUUAUUCUAAAUAACUCCUUUAAUAUUUAUGUUGAUAUUGUGCUAACAUGGUACAUAUCAUUCAACACAUUUGUGUUUAAUACAACUGAUUAUUAAUCUGACAUUUAUGGGUUAAAAUCAUUUCUACCACAGGACCCUGUAGUGUGUUAAACCAUCCCUGGUAACAGAGGUCCUAACAUGGUUGAAAUGAGUGAGAACAAACUCCUGAGGACAUCACAGACACCUCCUGUCAAGUGUCCUUGAUCUCUGGCUGAAACUUGACCUUUGACCCCUCUAAGGGAGAUGGUUUUACGACUACUUGUCCUGUGAAAGGACUUUUUUGUUUUGUUUUUUUGUGGUAUCGAGGAGGUCUAGGUUUUGAAAGUUAGAGUUUUUUCGGACCCUCCGAGGCCAGGGUCUGGCUCUCCGGUACCGGGCUGGAGGAUGUUCGAGUCCCCCUGUUUCUCUGGGCGGAGGAGGAACACCGAGCUGAAGACUGAACAGACGAGUUAAAGGUCACUGUGAUGCCUUCGCCUCUCAUUUCAUUUUCGGUAACGUAAAAUCCAAAGACAGAACGAGAAGUUUGUGUGCAGCAGCUUGUUGCCCCCUAGUGGACGAUGGGGGAGGUGAUAUGAACAUUUCUACUUUUUUUUUUAAGUAUAUUUUUUGGACUUUUUAUGCCUUUAUGAUAGCACAGUAGAGAGAGACAGGAAAUGGGGAAUGACAUGCAGUAAAGGGUCGUCCGAUGCAGGAUUCGAACCGGGGCCGACUGCAGCCUCUACAUAUGGGGCGCCUGCUCAACCCACUGCGCCACUCGAUGCCCCAAUUUCAACCGUUAAACUUUACUUUCUAUCAUUCUUUGUGUUGUGAAUCUUUGGAUCGCAGCAUGAGAACAGGUAUUUUGUACAUAUUUCCUAGACUUCCUACAUAUCUUUGCACACAGCCACAAAUGCUCCAUUCUCACAUACACGUUUGAAGACCGAGCAGGUUUCAGGAUUGUUCAGAUGUUCCAAAAAUGGAUCUGACGUGUUUUGUUUCAAGAGUAUUCAUAUAGUGUCUGUCAGGCUCAUGGUAUACUGGCUUUUAAACGACUUGGUUCCAGACCUCGGACUCAGUUCCUGCAUCUGAUUGGUUUAGUGAUUCAAACAGGUCAUUGAGGGCAGUUGACACACCACAGGGACAGAUAUACUCAAAGAUGGACAUGUCCUCGUGGACCCUCACAGAUAUGGGCAGAUUACAUCUGAAAAUAACAAUUAUCUUUCAUAUGAAUAAGUCAUUUUGUCCAUAAAAUGUCAGAAUAUAAUGACAAAUAGCUCUUAUAAUUCCGAACAGCCUAAUACGUCUUUAAAUGUCACCCUCUCGUCAGACCAACAGUGUGAAACCCAAAACUGUUCAGUUUCACCGAUUAUUGAUUGGAUUUGAUAUAUGUCAAAACACUUCCUGGUUAAUUGUUUUUAAGUACAACUCAGUCUGACAUUGACGUAAAGAAAUGACGACUCUUAGACUGACACAUUUCUUCGACCACAUAACUCUUAACACCUUGUGUCUGACAGUGACAUCACCAGGAGGGAUACGUCAUUCACUGCUGAUUGGUCAGUUAAAUAGCCGCCCUCCCAAACAGCUAACGUGCCACAUGUUACAGUGAAUGAUGAAGACAAAUGAAAUACUUGACAUGGCGACACUGGAUGAGUUCUGACACACAGGUUAACCAUCAGGAAGUUGGUCGCUGCUUGAGAGACUUGAGAGAAAACCUUCAUUACUCUUUCAUUUCACUUGUGUGCGGAAACUUUGACAAAGUGGACGUUUAGAAACUUUAAGUUGAAGUAGACGUGAUGACUCUGGUUUGGGUUGCAUCCACAAACAGAGAGUUCAGUCUUUAAACAGUGAUUCAUCUAUUUAUUUCAGUUUGUAUUUGAACAGUAUUUUGUGGCCUGUUGUAGAAGCAGCUGAUUUGCAUUAGCAGUCUGAUUUUGCUGUGAUAUUCUUGUAAAAAUGAUCAGCGAUGUGACUUCUGUGAGCUCUGCAUGAAAAUCUUGGUCACAACUUGUUCAGUUUUCACCACCAGGGGGCAGAAUAGGGCAGCGCUGGGCCUCAGGACAGACAUGUCAUCAUGAGGGGAAAUAUCCUCAAUCUCUGUCUCUCUGAGAUGUUUAGAGGAGCAUCGGACGGUAUGUUAAAUCCAGAGCUGGAGUCAGAACAUAGUUAGCCUAGCUUAGCAUAAAGACUGGACAGCUUGGCUUUGCCCAAAAAUACCAACAAUACCAACACCUCUAAAACGGACUGAUUAUUCACAUGUUGUAUCUCAUUGGUUUUAAUGCACAAACAGAAACGUAAAGGAAAUACAGUUCGUCAUAAUCACACAAAAAUACCAAGGAAAUAUUUCUUGGUGGGAACACUACAAGACAAACAGACGUGGUCGAGUUUAAAGCUCUCACAGUGAAAAUCAGCUAAAAGAUGAUUUAGACAAAAAAGUGUUUGGACCAGAAGGAGAAAUAUUCAUGUUCAUAUUGAUUCUUAGUGAUGAUAUUUUGUGCUUAUGAUUUACUGAUUUAUUUGUAUAUAUUGGGAGUAUAGUGUUUUAUGAUUUUUCAGCUAUAGAUUAUUAUCAUUAUUAUUAUUAUUAUUAUUAUUAUUACAGUGCCUGGUGUGGUAGCUGAAGAAACUCUUGUUCUGUCUCAGUUCAAAAAGCUUUAUGGACGUGACUGUUAAUAACAAAACAAAACAUAAAUAAUUUUGCCAAAGCAGAUUGAUCUGUUAAAAAUGAAUAAAAGCUGUAAAAAUAAA